GGCUGCAGGCGGGCGGGCAGACUUCAGAGGGGCUCCCUGCUGCAUGACAGCCUCCUCGGGAUGAGAAGAGCCGCGUGUGUCACACAUUGCGGAGGAGAUGCAGGAGCAAAGUCUUGUCUUCUUUAGCGUCCUCUUGGCUGAACAACCCCCCCCCUCUGAAUCUGGAUUACACGCUUGUUUAGGAGACGCGCCUCCCCGAAAAAUGACCAGGAUCUCCGCAUGUGUGGUCAAACUAUGACCAGGCAGCAACAGGAUUGGGGUGAUACAGGGCUCUGACUGGGUGUCACCUGGAGCAAAGCUCUGGAGUGACCCACACCAUGAAGACCCAAAAGGCCAGGGGCGGUACGUCAUCACCUUCCCGCCGGCGGAAGCCUCGCUUUACCUUAUGUGGACGGAAGAAGAAGAACGGCGUGAUCCGGGGCAAGCUUCGCCUUCGUUCUAUUGCCGGAGCCUUUCUGGUGUUGGGGGUCAUUGUGGUCAUGGUGGGCGUCGCUCUGGCUGUGGCCGGCUACCGAAUGUCACGUUUUUCCAUCCUGGGAGCCGCAGAGGGGAACCAUGUUUCUGAAGCGCAGAGGAAUUGGAGUCUGGGAGCUAAGAGCUUCCUAUCGACAGUCAGCUUGAUCCACAGUGAGCGGAUGAAGCUCCUGGGUCCCGUCAUCAUGGGGGUGGGACUCUUUAUUCUCAUUUGCGCCAACACAGUCUUGUAUGAGAACCGCGAUAGAGAGACUCAGAUGCUGCUGGCCCAGAUGCGUAGCGUCAUCUGCUCUGUGUCUGCCGCCGUUCCCUCAGCGGACCUUCAGGAAAUAGCGGCAGCCAACUCAAUGGCGAAACAUCAGUGGGUGAGCAGUUUACCGGCUGCCCAACUCAACAGCUUCUGUCGGCAGCAGCUGGCGAGGUCUGAACCCCUGCUGCAGACCGGACCUGGUAGCAACAAGAAGGACAGCAUGGGAGGCAUCUACCAGCAAGCAGUCCUGCAGACAGAAGCCCUCCAUCAUCAAGAGUCAGUGCCUCCGCCUUCCACCAACUCCUCCUCGUGUAACUCCAGCCAGACGGACUUCAACACGCAGUUUGAGACGGAGCUCAGUUCCAGCUGCAAAACCCAACCAGCACCGCUUGGAAAGCUCAAUAAUUGCCUGAUGUCUGCCAGCUCCAUGUCCACCCUUGGGAUGGACGAUGUGGAUAUCCCGGCCGCUCAACCUCGACGCUGCCAUAGCAUGAGCUACAGGACUAAACCUUACCCGGCUCCAACUGUUUUGUCUAUGGAGAAAACACUCAAUAGGGAGGACCGUCAUACUAAGCAGCCAGCAGUUAUGGGAAGAGACCCAGUGUCAAGGGUUUGCAUUAACAUUCCCGGGCAGGUGAUGGAUGUCACUGAGGAGCAGACUCACCAAAGCUGGCCUCGGUUAGACCUUGGCAUUGGGAGACGCUACCUGAAACUGGAGAACAAGGAGGACUCAGUGGACAAACUGCUGGACCAGUUAGAGCAACAGUGUUCUCAGUGGGAUAGGAGUUUUGGCUCCGGACCGUUCCAGUGAUGUUUCACAGUCCUGAGGAUACUUAAGGAUAGAAACAACCUGGGAUUCUCAAACUGCCCAUAACUAAGCUUUGGACCGUUUGGAGCUCUGCUGUUUCUCAGCGGAGAAAACUUGUCAACUUCCAGUGAAAUAUCGACCCACAGACUUCAUGCUCUUUGAUGCAUUUAGAACUGUAGAACAAUACACUGACCCGAUACUGUCAUUGCCGAACUAAGCAGUUCUGCAAAAAGUUCAGGUUGGCAGCAGUAAGCAGUUUUGUCUUUUUCCAAGGCCCAGCAGGGGGUCUGUUUUCACUGUGCAGUCCUGUUUUAACCAAACUACCUGGUCUCAUGGACCCAUCGAGUGUUUAUGUACAAAUGCAACGUAUGGAUAAUGAGAUCCCACUCCCCAAAUACAAUGCAUGUCAGUUAUGUACUGUAGAGUAUUCUGUAUCUUAAUACUUAUGCAGAGACGUGUCUGUGUUGAUUUUGUGUGUACAAAUAUUGCAAUUCCAUUUCAAGACGGGUUCCCAGAUUAAUGCGGCUUUGGUCUUGCAUCAGCUCAAAAACACAAAGAAGCUAUGAAAUCAUAUUUGCAUCUUCUUUUUAUGCACAGAUACACACCUAGGUUCAACUAUGUCUAUGGAAUAAUGUUCAGGCUGUUGUACAGAAUAGGAAGUUCAUCCAUCAUUACCUUAAAUUCUUGUGUGUUUAACUCAUUAAAGAUAAAAUUACACCCGCCAACCUAGUGAGGAUAAGUGGCAUAUAAAAUGGAUGGAUGGAUGGAAAUAAAGUUACAGUAAUCCCUGCUUCAUCGCGGUUGAUUGGUUCCAGACCCGACUGUGAAGUUCCUUAUUUAGAAAUUGAAUAUUUUUCUAGUAGAGCAUAGAAAACCUGCUUACAACCUUCUGAAUAUGUUUUUUUUUUAACAUUAUUAGAGCCCUCUAGACAUGACAUAACACCCCUAUAGUCACCUUUAGAGUCCUAUUGCCCCAUAUAUCAGACAUAAUAAGAGAAAAUAAGACAUAAUAUAGACUCACACAUGUUAACAUUGGGAGAUUUCAUUCCUUGCUGUUGUCCUUUUUUUAACUUUCGGUUUCGGCACAGUACUUCCGGCGGUGGCUGUUGUCUCAUCAAUGUAACACUACUGACACCUACAGACCAUUGUAGAAUACAUCAUAUCAUCAUGAUGUCUUUGAAUGCGUCUUCUGAAUGCCUUAUGUUUAUAUUUUAGUUCAUUUAGCACCGUUUGGGCAUCCCUGUGUGGAGUUUGCAUGUUUGCGUGCGUGGGUUUUCUCCGGGUACUCUGGUUUCCUCCCACAUUCCAAAAACAUGCAGGUUAGGUUAAUUGGUGACUCUAAAUUGUCCAUAGGUAUGAAUGUGAGUGUGAAUGGUUGUUUGUAUAUAUGUGCCCUGCGAUUGGCUGAGGACCAGUCCAGGGUGUACCCCGCCUCUCGGUGCUGGGAGUCAGCUGGGAUAGGCUCCAGUAUACCCGCGACCCUGGAUGGAUGAGGUUUAUUUAGCCAUUUUUAUGUUCAAAAAUGAUUAAUUCAGGCAGUAACAUUAGCUUAAAUAUUAGUGGUGUCACAAGACACUCAGUUCAUGAGACGAGACGAUAAACAAGAUUGGGUCUACGAGACGAGAUGAGAUUUUAACAUUGCUUUUUAAAAAGUGCAAUGAAAAAAAACAGUUUCUGACUAAUUUCAUUUCUGCUACGUUACACUCUUCUGCACUCUGUGUGUAUGCUAGUGGCCCCGCCUCCACCCACCGAGACAACGAGACUUCAUGACUGACAAGAGGGCUCACUCCAAAUUGUUCAAAACCAAUGCACAGAGUGAACUCUCCUCCUGCCUGUUUGGAGGUGAAAGACAAGGAAACCACACAGGCGUGCACACGGCAAUAUAUUAAGGCCGGAAAAAUGAUCAAGUCACAUUUUAAUCACAAUCACAAGUGACAUGAGAUUUUGUCAUACCCCUAUUAGAUUUGCAUAUUGUUUGACUAAUAAUAGGCCGUAUUUAGCAUUUAUUUAUUAAUAUAUUUUUGAAAAAACUUUAUUUGAAGUGCAGAGUGGUGAGGGACUGAUUUACAUGUUUUUAAUAUCACUACUGGCUCUCAGUAAUGUUACAUUGAUGAGACACUGCAGGAAGUACUUGGUGGGACUCUCCCAAUGCUAACACGUGUGUCUGUAUUAUGUCUUAUUUUCUCUUAUUAUGUCUACUAUAUUGGGUAAUAGGGGUGUAAAGGUGAAUAUAGGGGUGUUAUUUCAUGUCUAGAGGGCUCUAAUAAUGUUAAAAAACGCAUUUAGAAGGUCCUAAAACAGGUUUUCUAUGCUCUAACUACGAAAAUAUUCCAUUUAUGAGAAAGGAAUCCAAAUUCACCCACGAUAGACUAGGGAUUACUGUAAUGAAAAAUAUCAAAGUGGCCUUUGAUUUUCAGUAUGCGUCCCUCUGUGUUUGGACGUUUGGACACCCUGGUAUAUACAGACGCAUCUCACACGUCUUUGUGUAAACCAGUGCGAACAGAAAGAUGAAAGAGACCAAAGUUGUAAUAAACUGGGAGUCCUUGUUUAACAGUAACACAGAUCUUUGGUGGUUCAAGCAGGCUUUUUCCCUCUGGUCUCAUGCUGAUUGUCUCCCAGUAUUUAUGAGGAGAGUCCUCCCUCACACAUACAUGCACACACACGUCCCUCUUUGAUCCCAGUGACCAAUUUGAUUGUGCAGACAAGGCAAAACCACAGCUCCAGCCAGAUUUAGUGAGGUCAUCAGCGCUGCAGAGGGAGGGUAGUAUGAAUCACUGUCCACGUAACCCCCUCCCCACUCCUGUAAAUCCAUGUGCAGAGGUGACCUCUCCGUGUCUCUCAAGUGCUUCCCAUGUGCGUUGCCUGUUUGUGUGUUCGAACUGUAUCCCAAGCAAUAUUAGCGGUGUGACGGAACAAUCAAUGCCCACGUCUUGCCCUUUGUCAGCGACUACUGCAUUAAAGACCAUUUCCCCGCCUACGACUGAGCGAAACCCGUGAUAUCAUCUCAUUUAUUCAAACAGCCAAUGGCGUGGCAGCUUGUUGUAUAUGGAUGCAGCACAUAAUCAACUCUAUUGACAACCCCAUUCUUCACUCUAAACAGCCCUUGGCUUUUCCACCAUAUUUCCCCCCUUCCCAGUUCACUGAUCAGCACAAUAUUUUAAACAGAUUCCAAGUAAAGCUGAGGGUAUGGCGGGGGUUGUGUGUGUGGGCGGGAGGGAUUCCCUGGCUGCAAUUAUCCUCAGCAGAGCUUCCAAAUUUUUUCCUUCUUAUUAGAUUUAAUGGUUCCUUCUGGGCAGGUAUGCAUUCCCCUGUGAUCACUUCUCGUUUAAUUGGUUGUUUAAAAAAUAGCUCCCGGCUUUCUAACAGCUCGUAAAGCCAGCAGGCGGGACCAGCUGCCCUCUGCAGCCCAGUCCUAAACAAAUGAAAAUGACUAAAGCUGGAGAUUGCUGCCUUGUAAAUGCUAAGUUGUCUUUCUGUGUGCAGACGCAGAGACAUAGUGUGGGUUAUCAGUGCCUGGGGGGAGUAUUUGUCACCCUUAACCUGUAGCAUGUGUGCAGUAAUCCCUGGAUGAUCGCGGUUAAUUGGCUCCAGACCUGACCUUGAUAAGUCAAUUUCCAUAUUUAUAAAUGGAAUAUUUUGGCAGUUAGAGCACAGAAAACCUGUUUACAACCUUCUAAAUACGAUUUUAACAUAAUUAGAGCCUUCUAGACAUGAAAUAGCACCCCUAUAGUCACCUUUACCCUUGUAUUACCCAACAUAGUAGACCUAAUAAGAGGAAAUAGGACAAAUAGUCGUCCCUCGCCUUGAAUUUUGCAGUUUCACUCUAUCAUGGUUUUUCAACAAUACAUUAAUUGAUAAAUCAUGUUUCAUGGUUGAAUACAUUUAUUUAAGCAAAUGUUUGGUAUUUAUGGCCUAAAUUAAGCAUUUUCAAGCACACAAAUGGUCAUCCGUCCAUUUUCUAUGCCGCUUAUCCUUACUAGGGUUGCGGGGGUAUGCUGGAGUCUAUCCCAGCUGACUUUGGGCUAGAGGCAGGGUACACCCUGGACUGAUUGCCAGCCAAUCACAUGGCAUUUAUAGACAAAGAACCAUAGCCAAAACUUACCACUUCCACACGGAAUGGGAGAACCUUUUUUCACUCUAUCAUGUAGCACAUGCCAUGGCGGACUUCAUGACGUCAUGAUAAUGUAAUGUAAGGUAAUGUCUCAAUGUCAAUUUCAAUAUGUUUUGACUAAUAAUAGACCAAAGUCUACCACAAAACAGCGAUUAUUAAUUCAUUUCUGGAGCGAUAAUCGAACAGCGUUAUUGCGAGGGACCGUAUAAGGCAUUCAGAAGACAUACCAUACUCACCCAUUCAAAGACAUAAGCCUCGUUUGCACUUAAAAUUAACCACGUAAACAGGUGUGAAGUAUGUGUAAAUAUACUUCACACAUACAUCGUUUGCUUAUAAUAACGUGCUGAAACUGAUGCAGUGCGGGUCAAGAUAUGAUAUGCGGUUAAAUAGCUUGAAAGGUAAUUCAACUUAUGUCUCAGAUUUGCAAAAUGCACCACGUGGAAUGCUUUGGACACCCCAGCGCCAGACUGAUGCAGAUGAACUGUUGCAGUCAUGAAUCAGCACAGGAGCUUCCAGGUGUGUGUGUGUUGGGGGGUGUUUCACUCUAUCUGCUAUUCAAACAGAAUAUCGAAUCUCUCUAGUUUAGUUUCGAGUCUCAGCCAUGCAGUUUCCCCUCAGUCGUCUUACAUAAGGCUAUCAAUUUUGGAUGGGCCACAUAAGAAAGAUCAGAUGAGCGCUUGAAAGGAUCACCAUCCUUUUCCUCGCUUCCAUCACCUUCAUGAUCGAAUCCGGUCAUUCAAUCCAUGUUUGAUCCAAGUGGGGAUAACGACGUGUGUGUGAAUCAUAAGGCGUUUGCCAAAGAUUAAAUGUGAAAUAUCAAAACAAGUGUCAAAAGAUUUUUUUCCCCUUUGAAAACACAAAAAAAAACGAUCUUCCAAGGCUGCCCCGCCACUCAACAAAGACGACGCGUGCUUGGAGCAUCACACCAUGAAGUUGGAGCGAGGGCGGGGGUGAGACCUGUCGUCUCAAAUAUGGAACCUGCCAGACACAAAGGAGAAGUGGACGCCCGCUCGAGGCCCCCGUGUCCCCGAGUAGCCUGAAGAACACUUGAAACAGUCAAGCAGGUCACGCUGCUUGGCAUGUCAGAAGGUGCUGCAGUGCUUGAAGGACGCAUUGGAAGAUCACAGCAACACCUGACAGUGUCUUCCUGGGGGGCAAUCACAAUGUACACAGUUAGAGCGGGGGGGCCUGUGUGAGUACACUAUGUGAUGACAUGCAUUUUGCAUGAUAUCAGGGAAAGGUCUGCUGAAGAAUUGAACUUGUUCUGUCAUUUCUAUCACUGAAACUUCAAUCUGAAACAACACAGGACGUCUUGUAUAACUGUGUUUGGGGGUUAAGUGGUCUGUGAUUUACGAAACUCUCACACUACAGUAGUCCUUCAUUCAUUGCGGUUCAUUGGUUCCAGACCCGACUGUGAUAAGUGAAUUUCCUCGAAGUAGGAUUCCUUAUUUAUAAAUACAAUAUUAUCAUCGUUAGAACAUAGAAAACCUGUUUAAAACCUUCUAAAUUAGUUUUUUUUUUACAUUAUUAGAGCCCUCUAGGGAUGAAAUACAUACUUGUGUAUCUUGCUUGCUGCUGUAACAGAUGAAUUUCCCUGCUGUGGGAUUAAUAAAGUACUACUACUACUACUAAAUAACACCCCUAUGGUCACCUUUACGCUCCUAUUACCCAAUAUAGUCGACAUAAUAAGAGAAAAUAAACCGCUUAAGACAUAAAUUACACUCAUGCUCGUGUUUGUUGCUGUAAAUGUGUUCCGAUGCUACAGGACAGCAACUCACGUGGGUCCAGAGUUGAGUUUUAGCUUCGCACUCAUACUCUCAUACUACAGUAGUCCUUCAUUUAUUGCGGUUAAUUGGUUCCAGACCCGACUGUGAUCAGUGAAUUUCCACAAAGUAGGAUUCCUUAAUUAUAAAUAGAAUAUUAUCAUCGUUAGAACAUAGAAAACCUGUUUAAAACCUUCUAAAUUAGUUUUUUUUUUACAUUAUUAGAGCCCUCUAGGGAUGAAAUACAUACUUGUGUAUCUUGCUUGCUGCUGUAACAGAUGAAUUUCCCUGCUGUGGGAUUAAUAAAGUACUACUACUACUACUAAAUAACACCCCUAUGGUCACCUUUACGCUCCUAUUACCCAAUAUAGUCGACAUAAUAAGAGAAAAUAAACCGCUUAAGACAUAAAUAAGACUCAUGCUCGUGUUUGUUGCUGUAAAUGUGUUCCGAUGCUACAGGACAGCAACUCACGUGGGUCCAGAGCUGAGUUUUAGCUUCGCACUCAUACUCUCAUACUACAGUAGUCCUUCAUUUAUUGCGGUUAAUUGGUUCCAGACCCGACCGUGAUACGUGAAUUUCCACAAAGCAGGAUUCCUAAUUUAGAAAUGAAAUGUUUUCACAGUUAGAGCAUAGAAAACAAGUUCACAACCUUCUAAAUAUGAUUUGAACAUUAUUAGAGCUCCUCCGGACAUGAAAUAACACCCCUAUAGCCAUCUUUACACCCCUAUUAGCAACUUUUUUCACAAAACAAGUGCUACAAAGCAGCAAGGAGGAGGCAACACUAAUUCAGAAAUGAGUGUUGCCAAAUUCAAAAAGCCACAAAGUCACAGGCAGUGCCCUAAUGCCGAUCAAUUUGAUGGCCCGAUGAAAAGCACAACAUUUUCAUGAACUUUCUAAAAUAAAAAAAAAAAAACAGGAUAAGAAAUGUUCUGGGAAAACAGGACGUUUGGCCACCCUUGCCUAUCCCAGCUGACUUCGGACGAGAGGCGGGGUGCACCCUGGACCUGGUUAUCAUCCAAUCGCAGGGAACACUCACAUUCCCAUCGACAGACAAUGUUGAAUCUCCAGUUAACCCGGUGGUUCUCAGUUAUUUUCUGUCAUGCCCCCACUGGGAGAUGGAAAUGUUUUCCACCUGAUUUGAAGUACUGUUGAGAAACUGAUAAUAUCUACAGUAUUUACCAUAUUUUCCGGAUUAUAAAUCACACUCAUUUUCGUGGUUUGGCUGGUCCUGCGACUUAUACUCCGGAGCGACUUUUAUAUGUUUUUCAUUCACACUGGCAGCCACGAGAAGGCGCUCGAGGCUCGUGUGCCAGUAUCUGCUACUCCUAUAACUCCUGUAACAACUGAGAAAGACGGAACAUAAAUGCCCCCCAAAAAGAAAAUCAUAUUCUGCAGAUUACAAGCUGCAAGUAAACCAGUUAUGUUAUGUUGGUUAGUCUUUAGUUAUCUGAAUAACUGUUAAUAUGUUACGCUAACAUACCACCUAUUCGUGUUAUGUUAACAGAUGCCUAUUGAGUCUCUUGUUCUCCAUUUUAUUGUUAUUACUAUAAGAGCAGUGAAGCAUGCGAGCGUAUUCGGUAGUCAAAUCGCACGCCGAGUACGACAAAUUCAUACAUGUUGCCAGGUGUGCUCUAAUGUUGAAAUUCCUCCCUGCCUCUAAUAAGAUAGCGGCUGCUACAACACGUUCUUCAUUCCUCUCUCACUUUUAGAAAAUGAACAACCUGAAUGCAGGGAGUGAGCACAUUUUCGAUGACAAAAUGUAAAACCUGAGUUCUUGUAAGUGCUGACAUGUGGUGAGAAUGAGACGGGGGGAGUAUUAAAUAAUGCAGGUGUUAAUGGGAUGUUCCUUAAUGAACGGCCAUAACAUUGUCGACACAUUACCUUGAUGUUUUUAUGAGUGAAAUGAUCCUUUCUUGCAGAUAACGUAAAAAAGAAAUCACAUGAAUGCAAGUGUGUUCAAUUAGAGUGUAUUUUAUUUGCGACAAUGUCCUAUGGCAUCUACACGCGACAAAAUACAGACAUAAAACUGCUGACCCGGGAGAAAUAUAACGUGAGAUCAUUUUCCUUUUACUGGUAAAUGAAAGGGCAAAGAUUUACAGCUUAAUGUGGAGACUGAUAUCAUGCCAGGUUACUUCCAUGGUCAUUUAUCACUGCGUGAUUUGCUUGCACAUCGAGUAAGGAUAAUCUCUCAGCGUGAUCCAAGCGGGGCCCUGAAAUUCUUCCUAGACGCUGCAACCCAACUGACGAUGCAAUGUGACACAUGAGUGGAUGCGUUUUCAUCGCCAUGCAGCGGGUUCACUCGUGCCCACAGCUCGCAGUCAUCUACGUGUGAGCGCGCUCUCUUGGAGUUCACUGACAGAUUAGCUUGCUAUCGCCAGACUGCAGUCAUGCAAUGCAAAAUGACGCAGAGCCACAUAACCGGAUCCCGCUCUAAUCCACUUACAGUGGUGAGACGUGGUCUCCGUGGACACCGAGGUGUGAGAUGUCACAGUUAGGCUGGAGGCCGAACAAUUAGUAUGUAAAGUAAAGCACAUCACUUUAAGCAUAAUGCUAAAUGUUCUAUAGCAUGGGUGUCCAAACUUUUUCCAGCAAGGGCCACAUAGUGAAAAAGGAAAGGAUGCAAGGACCACUUUGAUACUUUGUAACGCAACUAUGCUAAGAAGGUACCGUAAAUUCUGGUGUAUAAGCCGCGCCCGCUAAAUGCACCAAUACAAGGUUAAAACUAUUUUAACGUUUUUCCAUAAUGUAUUUUGUCUGAGCAAAGCAUUUCAUUGGAGGACAAGCGGUGCAAAAAAUGGACGUAUGGAUGGAUGGCACGUCAAUGCUGCCUUUGUCCACCAGAGGGAGCCAGAGGAGUCCAGAGGGAGGCUGACAUCAUUGCAGCGCCUUGGCAGGUACCAGUUAAUGCAAUUAAACCAGUUAAUACAUUUUUGGAAUUGUAUUAUUAGUGAAUGACAUACAAAUUGGCUUU